CCGAGCGAAAAAAACCUGCGAGUGGGCCUGGCGGAUGGGAUUAUUAAAGCUUCGCCGGAGCCGCGGCUCGCCCUCCCACUCCGCCAGCCUCCGGGAGAGCAGCCGCGCCCGGCCGGCCCGGCCCCCAGCCCCAUGGACCUCCGAGCAGGGGACUCGUGGGGGAUGUUAGCUUGCCUGUGUGCUGUGCUUUGGCACCUCCCUGCAGUGCCAGCCCUCAAUCGCACUGGGGACCCAGGGCCUGGCCCCUCCAUCCAGAAAACCUACGACCUCACCCGCUACCUGGAGCACCAACUCCGCAGUUUGGCUGGGACCUACCUGAACUACCUGGGCCCCCCUUUCAACGAGCCUGACUUCAACCCACCUCGGCUGGGGGCAGAGACUCUGCCCAGGGCCACGGUCAACUUGGAUGUGUGGCGAAGCCUCAACGACAAACUGCGGCUGACCCAGAACUAUGAGGCCUACAGCCACCUGCUGUGCUACUUGCGGGGCCUCAACCGCCAGGCCGCCACGGCUGAGCUGCGCCGCAGCCUGGCCCACUUCUGCACCAGCCUCCAGGGGCUGCUGGGCAGCAUCGCGGGCGUCAUGGCGGCUCUGGGCUACCCGCUGCCCCAGCCCCUGCCAGGAACUGAGCCCACCUGGGCCCCCGGCCCUGCCCACAGCGACUUCCUCCAGAAGAUGGAUGACUUCUGGCUGCUGAAGGAGCUGCAGACCUGGCUGUGGCGCUCAGCCAAGGACUUCAACCGGCUCAAGAAGAAGAUGCAGCCCCCUGCGGCUGCAGUGACCCUGCAUCUGGAGGCCCACGGCUUCUGAUCUCUGACCUUUACCACCUCCACCCUCCCUUCCUCCUUCAAACCCUGCUCCUACUCUGGUGGGGGGGAGGGUGGGGAGAAAGCUGUGUGCCAACACCUGUUGAGCCAGGAGACAGAAGCCAUGAGCCUUUGGCUCUCUCUAGUCUUGGAAGAGGGUGUGAUGCAAUAAGGCCUGUCCCUUCCCUGCUUCCCAGAGUCCUGCAGGUCUGGGGAAGAGGUGCAAUAGGCCUGGUCCCAUUUCCACAGGAAGGAGUGCUUCAGGGAGCUCUAAGUGGUUCAGGUUGGUGCAAAGACUCUCUUGGCUUCCUGCUUCCUGCCCAGCACUCGCUAGUGCCACACAGCCCCUCCUGUAGCACUUCCAGGAAGCAUGCUUCUGGGGCAGGGAGGGGGGCCACUACAGUACAUGCCUUUCUGGGGUGAAACCCUUUGGCUGCCCCACUCUUCCUAGAUGGGGGUUGCUCCCCUACCCCCAAAUAACUCAGUACACCCAAUUCAGGAAACAGACACAAUGGCAAGUCCAAACAGGAAGAGAUGGGCUUUGAAAGUAGAAGAGGUAGGGUCUGCAUUGUAGGUCAUACCAAAAACAUAGGGGCAGGGACAGACGGGACCCAGGGCCGUCGGUGGCACAGGAUGACAGCCAAAAGGACCUUGCCUUGCAUCUUGUCAUUGGCGUCAUGGUGCCUCCUCCCCAUCCCCUUUCCAGGCUGUCUGAGGGUUGCCCAGGCUGGGGAGGGCAACCAGAGCCACAGCCACAGGGUUCCCUGAAAGUUUACAUUGCAGUAGCAUUGCGAGGUGCGGGGGGGCAGCUCCCCCAGGCCCUGCCCCCCAGCCUCACCCACUCAUGACUCUAAGUUUGUUGUAUUAAUAUUUAUUUAUUUGGAGAUGUUAUUUAUUAGAUUAUAUUUAUUGCAGAAUUUCUAUUCUUGUAUUAACAAAUAAAAUGCUUGC